CAGAAAUCUACACCCAGUUGAAACUCAAAGUGGUCAAAACAGAGGUGCUCUGUAGAGCUGGGGAAUGGAGACCCCAGUGACCAACAGGAGAGCCCCCGCCCAGUCCCACGAGACCUUAGCGCUCAGAGGAGUCCAGUGAGAACACUCCUCCAGGCAGGUUGCAUCUCUUGGGUUUGCAAAGAAAAGGGAUUUGCACUCAGACCCCUCACUUUAUCCCCCAAUUUAUCCUUCCUUCUUUCCACUCCCCUCAGGGAGAGCUCAGAAAAACUUAAGGAGCUCUGUAGCCAUGACAAGUCCUUGAGAAGAGAAUUGAUGACCAAGGAGGGGCCCUCCACGUUUGCCCCCCCGGAGAUCAUCCCCCAGAGAGUGCAGGAGAAGCAGCAGCAGCAGCAGCAGCAGCAGCAGCAGCAGCAGCAGCAGGGUGUCGUCCCCUAUCUUGGCACUUUCCUCGGUGACCUGCUGAUGCUGCACCUGGCGAUGGGUGAUUAUCUCGAGGGGAAUGAGAUCAACCUUCAGAAAAGGACUGAGGAAUACCGAGUCAUGAGGGAGAUCCUGCUGCUCCAGGUGGCUGCAAAGAAUUACAACCUAGAGCCCGAGGAGCGAUUUGGGGCCUGGUUCCAGGACAUGGAGCUGCUCAAUGAGAAUGAUAGCUACAGCCUGUCCUGCCAGCUAUGGCCCCAGGCCUAAUUGGCCAGCAGAAUACUCAAGGCCAAGAAGAACCGGCUAUCAUCAAGGUCAGGGGUGAGUGAGUGUCUGGGCCGGGGUGACUGACUCCUAGGGGUUCAGUAAAGCUUCGGGCUAAGCGUGGCCUUUGGGAGUCGGACAGCUGGCACUGGGAUCCCAGCUCCACUACUGAGCAGUCCUGUGACUGGGGUGACUCUCUCCAGCUUCCUGAGACUCUGUUUCCUCCUCUAUAAAAUAGGUGAUACUAAAUGAUCGCUCAUGUGACAGGGACAAAUGGGGUACUGGUGGCUGACAGCACUGAGCACAGGGACUGGAGCACCCAGUGCAGUGGGGACAGGGUGUGGCGCCAUGGUUCUGA